AUGUCAGACAUCCUCGAAGCCCUUAAAGACGCGGUCAGCCCGAAGCGACGCGCACAGGCCACAGACGAGACGUACGAUGCCCACAAGAGGGGCCCGUACCCGGAUCAGCCGCCCCAUGCCCCGGCCGGCGAAGCAGUCUCCGGCCCGUCCCCGGUCGAAGCUCGGAAUCCUGGGCGCGCAGAGCAAACGGACCUCAGCAGGGGGGCGGCUACCUCGGCUGCGGCGCCCGCAUCUCAGAGCGCCGGCCCAUCCCAGUAUAAUGAAGCUACUCAUCGUCCGGUGCACGCCGAGGGUGGGAAAUUUGGGCUUUCGUGA